CGUGAGUGGGUGGUACUGCCCUCCCCCCCCCAUCCACUGCGGCCUCACCUCUCGCUUGCCCACUCGGCCGUCUCCUUCGGUUCUUGCGCAUUGUUGACCUCAAUUCGACACCGCCUGCGCCCAUCCGAGCGAUCUGCCCGGCCUCGCAGCCCGCCCGUACCCGGUGUCGAGCCGUCGAGCCUCGUUCUUGCGGCCUCGAGUGCCUCUGCUUGCGCCCUGACAGUGCAACGUACAAGAGGCGCGAUCUCCCAUCCGACCUAUCUCGGCCAUGGAACCCUCGUCAAAGCGGAGGAGACUGGCGCCGAAAGUCCCUGACCCUCCUCCGGCCUCAACGCUUCACCCUCACCCCCUUCCGCACCCACCGGCGCAGCAGCACCAGGCCCAGCCUUCUGCGCCGGCCUUUGCUCAGGACCAGUUGCAGCAUGCUCCGCUCCACUACGCGGCGCCCGAACCGAUCGCGCAGCGCCAUGACUUCGAGGCCUUCGCCAGGCAUCUGCAGGAUGUCGCCAUGCACAUCUACCAGCAGACGCUGAAGCCCCAGCACACCGGGGUCUCGGUGCUCAUGUUGCGGUGGGAGGAAGAUAGGUCGGUCGAGAAGGACCUGCUGGCCCUCGAGAAGGUGUUUCGCGAGCGUUACAAUUACCACACGGACCGGUGGACAAUCCCUACCGUCCCCAACCCCAGCAUCAAGCUCGGCGUUCAGAUGGCGUCUUUUCUCGAAAAUGCCUGUCCGGACCAUCUCUUGAUCAUAUACUAUGCCGGCCACGGCUAUGUCGGCCCCGAUAACCAGCUCUACUGGGCGUGCAAUCCUCGGGAAGAUGCGGCUAAACUGAAAUGGGACGGUGUUCGCUGUCUUUUUGAGGAUGCGCAGUCCGAGAUCUUGCUCUUGCUUGACUCCUGCGCCGUGCCAGACACCCCCAUGGCUGGGAGUCACGGCGCAAAGCAGGCCAUCGCCGCGUACACGCCCGAACAGACCUCGGCAGACCCCGGCCCCAGUUCCUUCACCGCAAGCCUGGUCGAAACGCUCAACAAGCUCGGUACUUCUAGUCAGCCAUUCAGCGUGCACAAACUACACAGCGAACUCAAGGAGCAGAGGCUCCGCGAAAAAGUGCAGGCUCUCUCAAGGUUACCCAAUGGAGGUGGCAAGUCGGGCGCUGCCCCUGAAAGAUCCCCGGCCUUCUUCACCCUGACUCCUGCCAAAGGUCAUGGAAUAAUCCUAGCCCCAUUAGAGUCCAAAGCCACUCAGCUCCAGUCGCCUCCCCAGUCUGCAGAAGCGGAUGCCCAAAAUUCGUGGAAAUCAAGCCGUGAAGACAGACCCCUCAACCCCGAGGACGUGGUGGGCUUGACUUUCGAUCAGCAAAGAGUCAUUGUGUGCACAACAUUCGUCGGAGAUGCAAGCCCUGACAUGACCUUCUUCAACCAGUGGCUUCACAACAAGCCGAGCACCGCAUCUGACAUCACCGUGGAGGGAAUGUUCUUGGGCCCCCCUACCAUGCUGCUGAUUUCAAUGCCGCAGUCAAUUUGGAACAUUGUCCAGCACGACAAAGUCUGCUGCUUUUUGGGAUACAUUGGGUCUCAUAACUUGACACAUCUCUACCAAAGGCUCGUUAACUCGGCGUCGCAUAGUUCCCCGGCGUCAAAAGAAGUUCAGGAUGGCCGCAUCCUCCUGGAGGCGCGGGAGGCGGCGGCUGCGGGUGGCUCGUCUGUCAAUCGGCGUGAAAAUUCCAGUGCCGCCCAGUACGCCCCUCCUCUUGCGCACGAGACGCCAAGGCGGCCGGAACCUCUCGCUGUCUCUGUAGUGACAUCAGAUGCACCAGCACCAGCCCCCGUAGUCCAAGCGAGUCCAGAUCAAACUCCAGUUGUGAAUCCGAAGGAUGAGGUGGAAGAAACAGCCGAGAUGCAAGAGGCCGCGGAGCAACUAAAGGCGCUAAGUCAUGUACGGCAUCUGAGCGACGACACGCCGCCCACAUUGGACCGUCAGACCACGCGCGUAGGAGAUAGCAUUGCCGUCAGGCACGUUGACGAUCCUGGUUCUUCGCCCGAGGCAAACGAGUCAAGUGUCGAGGAUGCCCACUUUGGCAGCGAGUACAACACUCCCUCGACCAAGCCAAAGGCUAGGAGACCGCUUCAGAAACAAACGCCAAAACAAGAGACUCGCUGCGGCCACUGUAGCCACGCCCCGUUCAAGGAUUCGUCGUCGUUGCGGAAGCAUAUCGCGGCUGCCCAUACAAGGCCCUUUCCCUGCGCCUUUUCGUUUGCCGGGUGUACAAGCACGUUCGGGUCCAAAAACGAAUGGAAACGGCACAUCGCCUCCCAACACCUGUGCUUGCAGUAUUACCGUUGUUCGUCAUGUCCCCAGAGCAGCGCGGACGGCAAGGGGAAUGAAUUUAACAGAAAAGACCUGUUUACGCAGCACUUGCGCCGGAUGCAUGCGCCGUUUGCCAUCAAAAAGGCGUUGAACAAAGGUGACAGCAAAAUGCAGGCCGAGUGGGAGACUCGGGUGAAAGAGAUGCAAUCAUCCUGUCUCGUAACACGAAGACAACCGCCGCAACGCUCGGCCUGCCCGAAGCCGGACUGCCAGAGCGUUUUUGAAGGUCCCGGGUCGUGGGACGAAUGGACCGAGCAUGUGGGACGGCAUAUGGAGAAAGGCGAGGCGGGGAGGAUGGUGGUAGAUCGCCUGCUGGCGAAGUGGGCGCUUGAGGAAGGGAUCAUUGAGCACCAAGAUGGCGGCGAAUACAAGCUCACCGCCGGAAAUGGUCUGGUAGGAGGAGAGCGAGAUGCAAAUAACGGUUCGUUCGUCUCGGAUGGCGGCAAACGAGAAGACGAAGACCCUUCGAUCACGGUCGCCAUAACAGUUCCCGACUCGAUGGACACGGACUAAUGAGACGGGAAGGGGG